AUGGGAUUGUUGUGGCGAAGCUACGGCAUUUUUGCCGUGCUUACGCUGAUGGGGGUGUUGGCCCAGUACGAAUGGCAGCCAAAGGACGCCUUCGAUGAGAUAAAAGUACGCUUCGACAAAGUUAACGGAGACAACUGCCCGAUUCUACCACCGCGGGACCUUACGUUACCCGAAGAGAGUGUUUCCCACCUUCCGGAUAUUAAGGAUGUUAACAUCAAUCCCGUCUUUCCCAAUCGGACCGCGUUGCUGCACCUGCACAACAUGGCACUGAGCCGUGCCUUUUUCUGGAGCUACAUUCUUCAGAGCCGCUUCAUCCGACCAGCCAUUAACGACACAUACGAUCCCGGUAUGAUGUACUACUUCCUAUCGACCGUAGCGGACGUAUCGUCCAAUCCGUACAUCAACGCAUCCGCCAUCUAUUUCGCCCCGAACACGUCAUUCUCGUCAUCGUACCGCGGCUUCUUCAACAAAACAUUCCCCCGGUUCGCGCCGCGCACCUACCGAGAGGAUGACUUCAACGAUCCGAUUCAUCUGCAAAAAAUAUCCACCCUUAACACGUUCUACGUGCGAGAUCUGGGCGCCUUUCCGCCGGAUUCGGCGCUACAUGAUUACACGAUAAAGAAUUACCACAUAAACGAGUGGUACAAUCUCUGGUUGCCGGAUAAUGUGGAGAAACGGCACGACACAAAGACGACAUAUCAGGUAGAGAUUCGCUAUGCCAAUAAUACGAACGAAACGUUUACAUUCCACGGUCCACCGGGUGCUGACGAGAACCCGGGACCGGUUAAGUUUACUAAGCCCUACUUUGACUGCCGCCGGUCCAACAAGUGGCUAGUGGCGGCUGUAACCCCAAUUGCCGACAUUUAUCCUCGCCACACUCAGUUCCGGCACAUCGAGUACCCGACGUAUACGGCCGUAUCCGUGCUGGAGAUGGAUUUCGAGAGGAUAGACAUUAACCAAUGUCCUAAAGGUGAAGGUAACAAGGGUCCAAACGUGUUUGCCGACACUGCUCGGUGUAAAAAAGAAACAACCGAAUGCGAACCAAUAGAUGGAUGGGGGUUCCGCAGGGGCGGAUAUCAGUGUCGCUGUAAGCCCGGGUUCCGGUUGCCCGGGGUCGUACGGAGACCGUAUUUGGGCGAAAUUCUCGAGCGCGCUUCCGACGAACAGUUCUACAACGGGUUCGAUUGCAUGAAAAUAGGCUGGGUCCAGAAGGUACCCAUCAAGUGGUUCCGGGCACCACAGUAUGUCAGAGAGCAGUACCUGAACCGGUACUACGAGUACAAGAACCACUCGACAGGACCCAGCUCGUUGCAUUCGCACAAGCUCAACAUCAACGAGGUGCUAAAGUUCAUUUUGGGUGUGAACGCACGAUCGUGCAAGAACUACCACCCACAGGAUUUGGUCUUGACGGGGGAGUUUGCGUACGAAGCGCAGAAGCAGUUCGAGAACGAAGCCAAGAUGGCAAUCCGGCUAGCGAACUUCAUAAGCGCGUUCCUACAGAUCUCCGAUCCCGCUGAGGUGUACUCAGGCAAACGAGUGGCCGACAAGCCGCUCACCGAAGAUCAGAUGAUGGGCGAAACGUUGGCUCUGGUGCUCGGUAACACGCGCGUCUGGUCCGCUGCAACCUUCUGGGAUCGCAGGAAAUUCCCGAACCGCACGCUAUUCGCGCCGUACGCGUACAAGCGCGAACUGAACACGCGCAAAUUCAACCUGGAAGAUCUGGCACGCUACAACAAAACCGGCGAGGAGUACAUCGACAAGCCGUUCUUCCGCCUGCUGAAGCAGCGGUGGGCAACCAAUUUCGAUUCCCUCGAGAAGUACUAUCUGAAGAUUCGCCUGCGACACAACGAAUCGGGAGAAUACGCGCAGAGGUACGAGCACUUCCCGAACUUCUACCACGCGGCCACGAUGGACCACGGUUACUGGACGACGCCCGAAUUUGAUUGUCGGGGUUACGUGAAAAAAUGGCUCAUAACGUACGCCGUGCCGUUCUUCGGGUGGGACAGUCUCAAGGCGAAGCUGGAAUUCAAGGGAGUCGUUGCAGUUUCAAUGAACAUGCUACAGCUGGAUAUCAACCAAUGUCCGGAUGAUUAUUAUGAGCCGAAUGCAUUCAAAAACACUCACAAAUGCGACGAGAAGUCUUCAUACUGCGUACCGAUCCUCGGCCGAGGGUACGAAACAGGCGGCUACAAAUGCGAGUGUUUGCAGGGAUUCGAGUAUCCGUACGAGGAUCUGAUCACCUACUACGAUGGGCAGCUGGUCGAGGCCGAAUUCGAGAACAUUGUGAGCGACAAGGAAUCGCGCUUCGAAACGUUCAAGUGCCGUCUGGCCGGAGCAGCCGCCCUGCAGGUGCAGUUUACCAUCCUUGCCUUUGUUACGCUGUGCGGCUGGAUGCUGCUGCGUCGGAAUCAGUGCUAGUGAGCGGAAAGGCUCGCACAAAUUAUCUCAUACGGUAGUAUUACAUUGAGCCACGAAGGUGAGUUUUAUUUUGAUUUAUUUUAUACGACAUACAAAAGAUGCGCCACGCCGCCAUGCAGACCAUUCCAUCCACGCAACGAGAUUGCAACGGUGCCCUUAACUAGUAGAUAGGGGAUGUAAAUGUACGUAGAACGAUAAGAUUUAUUCCAUCCAACGUGACACUGGAACACAAGUGACACUAAUCGCUGCCGUCCGAUGAGUUAUAUUAUACUCAGCAUUUCAGACGUUUACGGGCUUGGAACAGUAGAAUGUUGUGCCGUCCUAGUAUGUAUGUUUUGUGCAAGUCUUUCUCUGAUCCGAAUCUCGAAUAUAAGAUACCUGUUUUUUACCAAUUGAAUCAAAUAUGCUAAAAUAAACAUAAUUUUUUAACUAACUAC